ACUCCCUUCAACGUUCAGGUUCCAUCAAAACAAGACAACUUAUGCCAAUUGUCCAACGAUAAUUGCAAAAACUGUUACAAUAUGCAAGAAAAAGUGUUUCCACCCUCAGUUAUUGAAAAAAAUGUGUCUUAAAUUCUCCCUGAGUGCCUCCAGAAGUAAAAAAAAAGUGUGUGAUCUUUUAUAAAAGAGUUGUGAGUGUUAAAUAUCAUCAGAACUGACGAAAAAGGAAGGACAAUUACAUGAAAAAAGUGUUGAGAUAUCCACAUCCUCUGCAAAAUUUGUCUUCCCUGUGAAAUGGAUCUCCGAUGGUCCAAAAAAUGGACUAAUUAAAGUUUUAGCUAAUAAACUUGUAGAAUCUCAUACCUUCAACUUCUCGAAGUUUCUAAUUCCCAAAUCAAACCAAAAAAGGCAUAAUAUUCGUUCAUAACCUCCUGAACUUCUCCUUCCCUUAAUAUUGAUUCCAAAUCGUUCGAAAAACUCCUCGAAUUUUCUGGGGAACCUGAAGAAAACAUUAAAAUCCCCUCAUAACCUCCUCAGUCUCAUCUCAUUCGUCAACAUCAAGACCAAAUCGCCUUCAGUUGCGUCUCAAAAAAAUUGUACAAAACGUGGUGACUUUCUAUUAACCUUAAAAUUAUUCAAGUAAUACCUUUAAAUCCUAAACGACAUCUCCAACUCCUUCAAGCCCCUGACAACCCUCAUAAAUCCUUCCUCGAGUUCAAGUUAACCUAAAAAAUCAGUUAAUUCGUCUUAAAAAGCUUGAAAGAAAGAACAAAGGACUACAAUAAUCUCAAAUUAUCUCUCGCAGGCGAACGAAACUUUCGAAACUCACGACUAAUCUCAAAAAUAUUAAUCUCCAAUAACCUCCAAAGUCCUCAAAUAAUUUCAAUCAUAACCUCAAAACCGCUGACAAUCUAACAAAAAAAAAUGUACAAAUUCAAGCCUUUUACCUUCGAACUUCUGAAUCCUUCGACGAACCGACGACCGCGUGACCGCAGUGGCCACCGAAUCGUCUGCAACGAGAAGUACAUGUACUCAAUAGGGGGUUUCAACCCCUCUGUUCCCGCUGAUGACCCCGAAAUGUCAAAAGACGAGGUCUGGAGAGAGAGUAAGCCACUGUUCAAGGAGCUCUGGCGAUUCAACCUGGCAACGAAAACAUGGGAGCGCUAUCGGGGCCAGAAAAAUCUCCCCAUAGAGCUGGCAUCAACUGCUGUUCUUUUAUUUCAGCAAAAAUUAAUUGUCUAUGGGGGCACCGCCGUACCCUUCGGCGAAAGCUGUAGCAACAAAUUAUACGCCUGUGACCUUGACAAUGACAGUGUCCAGGAGCUGCCAGCAUUGGGUAAUCUGCCGGAUCCACAGUACGGACAAGCACUGGUUACGACAAAUAAUUAUAUUUAUACAGUGGGGGGUACAACGGGAUAUGACUACACAUGUGAUGUUCAUCGAUAUGAUCUCAGGACGGGUUUGUGGGAGAGUAUGUACAUCUGCUCUGGGGGAGAUCCUAUGGAACCUCCUGGGAGGUACAGGCAUGAACUGGCCUUUGAUGGACGAAGGAUAUUUGUCCUCGGGGGAGGCACCAGUACAGACAGCUUUGGAUUCUCGGACAUUUCGGUGUACGAUGUGGAGACAAACAGGUGGAGUAUUGUCCACACUCACGGAGACGGGGAGUAUCAGCCUCGGUACCCAGACCCCAGGAGGUGUCAUGGGGCUGUUCAGUAUCUCGACGCCGAGUCUGAGAGUAUUAAUGUGAUCAUAUCAGGGGGCGUCUGCGGGAAUUUCGCAUAUAAGGACGUCUGGAGGCUCAAUCUCAUGAGUCUCCAAUGGACCAGGAUCGUCAAGUGCUGGUUGCCUACACCACUUCACUUCCACUCUGUCGCGAUAACGCCGGCUGGAAAAAUGUACACGUUUGGGGGAGUAGUCGACAAGCGAAAUGCAAUGACGAUAAGGACCAGUGACGUUCACUCCGCUUGGCUGAUGAUCCCCAGUCUCUCUGAAAUAUGUUGGGAGGCUGUGAACCACUACUACGAACUCAGAACUAAAAGCAAGGACGAACUCUUCGACAUGGGAAUACCCAUUAAGUACAUAAAGAGAUUAGUAGAUUAAUAACAGUCACCGCAAUAAAAAAAAUCUAGAGCAAAAUAAGAUCAUAGUAAUUAUUUCAUUAACUCAUCGUUUGCAUGAUUAAUUUAUUUUUAAUUUUUUGUGUUCAAAUUGCAAUACGACGAUAUUGUCUGAGGUUGUUACCAUUACUGUUACAUUCAUAAUUCAUCAUUGAGAUCAUUCGUUAAUUAAUUUGUGAAUGUAUCGAUUUAUUAAUGAAGCCCUUAGCGUUGAGUAUUCGUUUUCUCCAUCUCUCUGUCAAUAAAAAAAUGAGAGAGCGUUUACUUUUGUUUUUUAAAUUAUUGUAAAUUGACAAAAUAUGAGGGGACGUGUUUACUGCUGUUUUAAACAAUUUUGAACUGAGAAAUUAACUUAAGUCUUGUAUCUAACUAUUUAAUAUACAGAGAUAGUCUAGCGAUAAUAGAAAAAAAAGUAAUUGAGUGAUUACAGUUAUUGUUACUCCCCGAGGGAUGAACAUAAAUAAUAUUAAUUAGUAUUAAUUCCUGAAUUUUGCUCGAUGCAAGCACUCGAAACAAUUUUUAAAAUCAUGUUACAGUUGUGCUUUUCAUGAUUAUGGCAUAUGUACAUUAUUUUUUUAAUAAAAAAAUUAUUAAAUAUAA